GUUAUGAAAAUCAGAGCCAAUCAAAGUUAUUUUCACGAAAGCGAUACAUUUGGUAUACCAAUCACAGUAAAAGACUACAGCAAAUACAAUAUUACAAUUCAAGGAACAGCAUUGUUACUUCAAAUCCCUUAUAUAAGCGUUCUUGGACGAGUUGUAGUCAUGAUGUAUUUCAAAAUAACUGGGAAAACAGAUCCACCUGAAAUCAUACCACCCACUCCAAGUAAUAACCAGGAGUAUACCAUUUAUGUUGGAGGAGAUUUUCAUGUCAAUGUAUAUGCCAAAGCAUCAGCUGGAAAGCAUAUAAGGCGAUUUGAUUUUCUUCGACGAGAUGGAAAACCUGUCAACCACACGGGCAUUCAACCUGCACCUAAUAUCAGUAGUAAUGUUGUAUUUAUAUCAAUGUCCUGGUCUCCGACAGAAGUAGAAAAAGGUCAUCAUAUUCUCUGUGCAAAUGCUGAGGAUAACGAAGGAAGAAUGACUGUGGACUUACACUGCUUCCGCAUCCUGGUCAAAGGUUUGGGCAUUCUCAAAUUAUAA